AUGGCCCCCUCUUCGCUUUCUCUCUCCAAACCCACCUCCAACAAGAGAUCCUCAACCUCCACCACUCACCAAUCCAACAACGCUAACCCUAAUUCCCCAAAUUGCUCCUCUCUCCUCUGCAGACACUCCCCAUCAGCCACCCUCGACAUCCUCAUCCUCAUUCUCGUCCUCUUCUCUGUCACCUUCUUGAUUUCCUCCUACUUUUCCUACAUCUUCAAGUCCCUUUCUCUGCUCUUGCCUACGCUUUCUUUUUCUACAGUUUGGAAUGUUUUGUGCGAUACCCAGAUUGUUUACUACACAUGUUUCUCUCUCUUCUUUAUCACUGUUUUGAUUUCGAUUGAGAUAUGUUGUGGGUACAGGUCGAAGAAGUGUGGGAAAGUGGGUUGUAAGGGGUUGAAAAAGUCGAUGGAGUUCGAUUUGAGGCUGCAGAGUGAGGAGUGUUUGAGAUCUGGAGCUAAGGAAGUGAAGGAGAUAGAUGAAUUGCCUUGGAAAGGUGGGAGUGAGGAGAAUCCUGAUUAUGAGUGCUUGCGCGCAGAGUUGAGGAAGAUGGCGUGGCCCAAUGGACGGGCAGUUCUGCUUUUCAUGGCGAAGUGUGGGUGCCCAGUUUCUAAGCUUGAAGGGUGGGGGCCGAAACGCCGGCGUCGGCACAAGAAGUGA